CACCAAGACACAACUAUUUAAAUAGUAAGCUAAGGAAAGAAAAAAAAACACGCAAGAAACAUUAAGUGAAUAAUAAUUGCAUAAAACAUAUAGUAUUUGGUGCCAAAUAGGUUAAUAAUGCGUCCGAUUUUAUUCCAAUUUUACACAAUCGAAAUUUUACUCAACAUGGUAUUGAUGUUCUGCCAUAUCCACGGGUUUCUGAAGCAAUCUCUGGAUUUCUUGCCGCUCUGGUCACAUAUUUGCCACUACUUCAGUUGGGCAUCCUUCUAUAUAUUCACGGUGUUAACAAUUUUUGCUAGUAUCAACAUCUGCACGGGACAUCAAUUUUGCAUUUUUGAAGAAAUCGUACGCACCAUGGUCGGCUUUUUAUUGUACAUUUUCAUAUCGCUGAUGAUCCUGGAGAAUGGAGAGCGCGACUUCCACUUGUUCCACACUCGGGGUGAAUAUCAAUUGGAAGUGGAGAAGCCACUGCAUCCAGUCUUUAGCUAUAUGCGUGUACAGGCUCUCUGCGCUCUAUGCUGCGGCGUCAUCUAUCUGUUGCACGGUGUCAUUGUCAUUGAUGUUCUGAUCUCCAACAAACAACGGCCAGAUGAGGAUGAGAGUAGCAGCGAAGGCGAACCUGGUGCUAAAAUACCCGUUCGCCUCUAUGUCCUGGGCGAGAUAGUUCAGUCGCGUCUCCAGCGUUACAAAUGGUUCAAUGAUUUCGAUCUUGGCGAAGACUUGAAUAUUUAAAUAUUUACCAUUAUAUACAGAUAUUUUAUGUAUGUAUAUUUAUAAACUUUUGGCAAUGCGGUCUUUACUAAA